UUUUGUGAAGAAGAAAACUAUAAAAGAUCAAGAAAAAGAAAGGGUAAAACCAAUACAGUGGAGACCGUAAACCUACUUUGAAUUUUCAGACAGCAACCCAACACCACUCACGUUUGGAAUACCCUUGUUUGAAUUCUCGUGAGCAUCAUCGAGCCGACAUCUCCACCACACGGAGAAUAGGUGAGAAGAUCAGGAAGAUUGGCUUUGAGUGGAAGUUUCAGUCAAACCUUGAAGAGUUUCUGGGUUUUUUUUCCUAUUUUAGGAAGGAAUACCCAGAAGCUAGCUAGGCUCAAAUCAACGCAAUUCGUUGGGAAUUAAACCAAACCCAGAUUAUAUCUUUGGGUUAGGAGCACCCGAAAAUCAAGAUUCUGAUUUGGGUUAAUACUUGAUAAGGAUUAUAUUGAAGGGUUCGGAAAAGAUUGUAAUUUUGAAUCGGGUUCAUUUAGUUUCUCUGGAAGACAUGAAUUUUAGGAGCUUAGAAGAGUUUUGGGCCUUCUAUGUGAACCAGCACUCAAAACCAUCCACAAGGCGCUGGCAUUUUGUGGGCACGCUUACUGGUAUUUUCUUCUUGCUUUGCUCAGUGGUUUUUAGCUGGUGGUUUUUGUUCUUUGUUCCAUUCUUUGGGUAUGGAUUGGCCUGGUACAGCCAUUUCUUUGUCGAGGGGAAUGUUCCGGCCACGUUUGGGCAUCCAUUUUGGUCCCUUCUGUGUGAUUUCAAGAUGUUUGGAUUGAUGCUUACUGGGAAAAUGGAUAAGGAGAUCAAGAGGCUCGGAAAGAGGCCUAUGUUGCAGAUCUUUUGAUUGUAAGUUUUUCUAUGUUGUUCCAAACACAGACUGGCAUCUGAAACUAAUCAGUUGUGUCUUGAACACUAGUUGUUAAUGUUAUUAUUACUUUCACUCCUCUGUUUCGUUCCCAUGUAUGUAAUUGUUUAUUUAAAUUCAUGUUAGAUUGAUUCAACAAAUAUGGGUUGCAAAUGUUUGCUGUUAAUAUGGCU